AUGGCCCCUGAGGCUCCCGACCCGCAGAGCCUGAAGUCAUGGCACGAUGCGUUUCAGUAUCCGAUUCCCACGGUCCGUCGUGUGGAGCAGGAACUGCGCCGCGACAUCGCAAGCAAUAAGGAGAAGCUCCGAGCUCUCGUGGGGACUCGAUACCGAGCACUCGUUGGAACGGCAGAAACCAUUGUGUCGAUGAACAAGGAGAUCCAAGAGGCGGAAUCUAUACUGGCCGACGUUGGACGACGAUGCAAUCCGCGAUUGGUGGAGAGAAAACACCAACAUGCUCGGCAGAUGAAGAGCGAUGCUGCAGAAAAGGACGCCGACAAACACGCUUUCGGGGCCCAGUUAGCUCUCCUCCAUCAGUGUACGACAUCCAUCGCGAGGCUACUACGACGACGGGGCUCCCUUCUGCUCGUAGCAAAGAUCAUAGUCAUCACUCGCCUGCUCCACAAGAGCCUCUCGAAACACAAUUCUUCGCUUCCGUUCCUCGAGGACCUCCGCAAGCAGCUGGCGUCUUUGCGCCUUACUCUUAUUAACCGGGUCGCCAAGCGUCUGGCCUCGGCCAAUGCCUCUGAGGACAGCAUCAUAGAAUACCUGGCAGCAUAUUGUCUCGUGACAAAUUCUUCUUCCGAUGGAGCCAUUCAACAUUUCCAAAAGGUGCGACUCGAUACAAUUACUAGCCAGUUAGAUAUGUCGCGCGAGAACAUUCCCAAGGCCCUCCGCCUUUUUAUCCACACUCUCCAAACAUCGAAGACCCUCCGGUCGCGCCAGUUCAUUGAUGUACUCUCAAAACUCAAGUCAAGGCCGGUGCUUUCUGACCCAGAAAUUCGCGGUCUAGAUGGCCUUGAAAUCGAAGUCCUUGGCCGGUUUGCUGCUCCAGAAGUGAUCAAUUUUAUACCAUGGAUCAUGCUCAGUGAGCUGAGUCGCACUGAAGGGGUUGACUCCAUCAAAGAAUGGUCGUUAUCGGCAUUCGAGAAGUUCUCCGAGGGUUGUCAAAAGAGCCUCGCUCAUGGAAAUGACUUCACAGAACUGCUGUCAUUGCGAGCAGAAACCAUCGAGCUUUGGCUGGAAUCCUGGGGCUCGACUAUUAUGCAUAGCUCAAUUAGUGUUCUCGAACGCCUUCGGAUCAUUUUCAAUGAGCACCUCAAGAGGGUGUCGACCUCCAAAGCGCAGGCAAUCGAUGAAAUCGCCGGCCACAUGUCUUCAACAGUUUUAUCGUGGGAAAUCAGUCAGCACAACAGCUCGAAUGGCUCUCUCUGGGGUUCCGACAUCAUCACCGCGGACUACUCUAACGGAGCUACGGCAUUCAAGCGAUCUGUUGCGGACAGACUUCUUGGUCGUGAUGACGACGUAUCUUCUGUGCUGGAAAAAUUUGAUUCGUGGAUCAGGUCAAUUCAGGACGUUUCGGAUUCUAUCGACUUCCUCCGCCGACUCAGAUGGACCGACAUCCUCGUUGGUGCCGAGGUCGACGAUGAAGAUAUCGACAUCAUACCCCAGCUGAACGAAGAGGACCCGCGCCUUCUGUCAGACGCUCUAACUGCCGCCGUUCGCGAGGCCUUGAACAAUCUCCAGACAUCAUUCAAAAGGGCGUUUGAUGAAUUUGGAUCUUCAAGUCAAAGCGAAAAGGCUACGUACUUGCUCCGACUUAUUCGGCUGGUGCGACGCGAAAUCCCAACUGAAUUCAUCGCAGACGAUUUCCUCUUCUCGAAUGAUGUUGUCCCCGAACUGCAGAAAUUGCUUGCUGCAGAGAUCGUUUCCGACGCUGGCUCUCUGUCAUUUGUACCAUCCUCCAAUACCCAUCCAGAGACCAACAAACUUAAGACAGUUCCUGGUCGAUCACUCUGGGAGGGGGAUCCUGCGGCUCCAGUGCAGCCAUCCCCCAGUGCAUUUAAAUACCUGCGUCGCUUAACGUCUAUUAUGGACGAGAGCGGCUCUGACCUGUGGGACCCUUCAACUGUUCGCGUUCUGAAGGAAGCACUACAGAAGCAACUGGAAAGCAACAUCGGAUUAACACUCGAAGAAUUGGAAACCUGGAAACCUCCAGUCAAACCCGCGGAAGAGUCCGGCUCUAAAGAGGAAUCGACCAAGGAAGACGAGAAGACGGAUGACAACGACAAGGAAAAUAAUGAACCCAGCAACGCCGACGACUCUUGGGAAGCUACUCUCCGCGAUUGGAAAACCCAACUCUUCUUCGACUGCGUUUACCUAGCACACAUGCUUGGCAACCCGACUCAGCUGGCUGAUGUCACAAGUCGUGUGCAGAAGAGCGCAGAUCCUAGCUCAAACGCUGUCAAAACUGUGCAGAAAAUGGCGCAGGAGUAUUGGAAGCGGACUGAGUUGUUGUUUGGCCUGUUGGCCGAACGGUAA